AUGGGUUUAUUAAAAUUUUUUCAAAAAAAUAUUACUAGCAGUGAUACUAUUUUAAAUCUUGAAUGGAUCAAGAUUUUACUUGUUGUUUUCAUUUUGUACAUUAUAAGAUUUUAUUAUAAAUAUUUUACUCGUAUUAAUCCUCUCAAUGGUCCUACACCAUUACCACUUAUUGGAAAUCUACAUUUGUUUGGAUUAGAACUAUCUAAAGAUUUAAAAAAAUUAUCAAGGCGAUAUGGUAGUACAUUCGAGAUUUACCUUAUGACACGCCGAUUUAUUGUUGUAUCUGAUCCAAAGGAGGUUGAAAAGGUUUUUAAUAAUUCACCAAAAAACAAAUUUUUUAAUAGGCCUGAAUUAGGUUCAUCCCAUGAAUACAAUAUGAACACCGGCAUGGUAUUUAAUAAUAACUACCCAACAUGGAGAUAUAAUAGAAAACUUACUUCACAAGUGUUAUUAUCACCAAGAAUUUUAAAAGAAUUUGUCACCACCAAUCAACAACAUUUUGACAAAUCAAUGAAAUAUUGGCAAAUAAAUCAUGGGACAAAAAAAGAAUUUGUUGUUAAUAUUGUAGAAUGGGCAAGAGCUUAUACAACUGACUUAAGUUUUAAAUUAUCAACUGGUAUGCCCACUUAUUCAUCAGCUUCCUACAGCAAAAUUUCAUUGGAUGAUGUGAAGAAUGAAGAGAAAUGUCCACAAUACUUGAUAGACAUUUCACGAGAAUUUUCAGAUUUAGUGAAUCUGUUUAUUAGAUCUUUUAUAAAAAUUACAUUAAUUCCUUCAUUUAUACAAAAUUAUUUUCUCAAAGAUCAGCAGAAAAAAUGGAUUCGCAAUUUUUUUAGAAUUAAAGAAGUCUUACAUUUGAUUGUUAAAGAACGUAGAAAAGAAAUUGAAAAAGAGCCAUUGAACGAACAGUUGAGACCAGAUUUAUUAACAAAUUUAUUAAUAUUGAAUACUGAACAUGACAAAAACAAUACUUUUGGUGAAUCACCACCAAUGAACGAUCAACAAAUUGUUGCAAAUUUACUUGAAACCAUUCUUGGAGGGAUUGACACUACAGGAAAUAUGAUUAGCCUAGUGUUCAAUUUUGUUUUGUCACAUAAAGAAGUUAAAGAAAAGAUUCUGGAAGAAAUAAAUCAAGUAUUUGCUGAUGAUUUAAAGCGUCCAAUGACAUAUGAAGAUUAUGAGAAAAUGGAAUAUUCUCUAGCUGUUGUCAAAGAAGUCUUAAGAUAUCAUGCUUUAGUAUCAGUAUUAUUUCGUCAGGCAAAAUCAGAUAAUGCAGAAAUUGGUGGCUAUAAUUGGCCAGCUGGUACAGUUGUUUUGGUAAAUAUUCAGGAAUUGCAAAAAACACCUAAUUAUUGGGAAGAUGCUGAUCAGUUCAAACCUGAACGAUUUCUAAAAGAUGAGGCAGACAAAAUAGGCAAAUAUACUUAUACACCUUUUGGUGGUGGUAUACGUAUCUGUCCUGGUCAUCUUGUGGGAAAAAUUACAAUGGUUUCGUUGCUUGUUAAUUUAUUGAGAAAUUAUGAUAUUGAAUAUUAUGAGAAAGAAAAUCCAUUCAAAUUUAUAGAUAGUUUCAUAACUAUUGUAACUGACUUUAAAGUCAUUCUUAAACCCAAAAAUUAA